AUGGCUUUCCGUCAGUUCGGUACGUCUUCCCCCUCCCGCCCCCUCCUCCUGACAGCCUCCCGCUCACCACCCGCCACAGCUCGCGCGCAGCCCAUCUCGGCUCGCCAGGCUCUUGCCCCUCGCUCCGCGCUCGCUAUCCCUCGAGCCCCUCUCUUCCAGGCUGCUGCCUUCUCCUCUACUCCCACCAGAUUCGCUGCUCUCCCCCCCAAGCCUGAAGAGGCCGCCCUUCCCAAGGGCGCCGAGGUCGUUGCCCCCAAGCCUUACGUGCUCACGCGCGGGCGAAGGUACUUGCAGAACUUUGGUCGAAUCACCCUCGUCGCUGUUCUCGGUGCCGUUGGUGCCUUCACUUACGUGACUCAUGCCGCCAAGAACCCUGCCAACCAGCUUCCUGCCGAUCCCAAAAAGAAGACUGUCGUCGUUCUUGGUUCCGGUUGGGGUGCCACUUCUUUCUUGAAGUCCCUCGACACCGACGAGUUCAACGUCGUCGUUAUCUCUCCUCGAAACUACUUCCUGUUCACCCCUCUCUUGCCCUCUGUUACCGUCGGUACCUUGGAGAACAGGUCCAUCAUUCAGCCUACCAGGUACAUCACCCGACACAAGAAGAGGCAGGUGUCUGUCUACGAGGCUGAGGCCCAGACUGUCGACCCCGAGAAGAAGACUGUCACUUUCGAGGACAUCUCCGACAUCAAGGGAAAGUCCGGCUCCGUCACCAUCCCUUACGACUACCUCGUCUACGCUGUUGGAUGUGAAAACCAGACUUUCGGUAUCAAGGGUGUCCCCGAGCACGCUUGCUUCUUGAAGGAGCUUUCUGACGCCGACAAGAUCAGGACCAAGCUCAUGGACUGUAUCGAGACUGCUGCCUUCAAGGACCAGCCCCAGGAGGAGGUUGACCGACUCAUGCACAUGGUCGUUGUCGGUGGUGGUCCCACUGGUGUCGAGUACGCCGGUGAACUCCACGACUUCUUGAUUGCAAGUCUACCUUACCAUCAUCACCUACAUGAUGACCUCAAGAAGUGGUACCCCGAGGUUGCCGACAAGCUCAAGAUUACCCUUAUCGAGGCUCUCCCCAACGUGCUCCCCAUGUUCUCCAAGCAGCUCAUCGAGUUCACCGAGUCCAGCUUCAAGGACAACCGUAUCGACGUCCUCACCCGAACCAUGGUCAAGGACGUCAAGGCUCAGUCCGUCGUCGUCCAGGACGCCAACAAGGAGAUCAAGGAGAUCCCCUACGGUCUCCUCGUCUGGGCUACCGGUAACACCUCCAGGAACAUCACACGAGACCUUAUGGGCAAGCUUCCCCACACCCAGACCCAGCGAAGGGGUCUCCUCGUCGACGACAAGAUGUCUUUGCUCGGUGCCGACGGCGUGUACGCCCUUGGUGACUGUACCGCCACCUCUUACGCCCCCACUGCCCAGGUUGCCAGCCAGCAGGGUCUCUACCUCGCCAGCGUCUUCCAGAAGCUUGGCCAGGUCGCCAAGCUCGAGAGGGAGAUUCUCGAGCUCAAGGCUUCCGGCGUCGCCGACCCUUCCACCAUCGAGGCUGCUACCAAGAAGCUCAUCAGGCACUCCAAGGUCACCCCCUUCCAAUACUCUCACCAGGGUUCUCUUGCCUACAUUGGUUCCGAGAAGGCUAUUGCCGACCUCCGAAUCUUUGGCAUGAACAUUGCUUCCGGUGGUAACGCUGCUUUCCUCUUCUGGCGAUCUGUCUACGUUUCUACUCUUUUCUCCGUCAGGAACAGGACCCUCGUCUUGGCCGAUUGGAUGAAGGUCAAGGUCUUUGGCCGUGAUGUCUCUCGAGAGUAA